AUGUUUAAUCGUGGAGAAAGAAUAUCAUCGCUCGGUAAUAACGUCAAUAGCGGCAAUCUCAAUCAUAAUUCAGGUAGUGUUUUAACGCCCCCAAAAAGAGGAGUGCAUUCAUCAAUCAACAAUAAUAAUAAUAACAACAACAACAACUCGAAUGUAAAUCUUAAACAAGAGCUACUUGAGGAACAGAAACUCGAAAUAAGAGAAGCAUUUCAAUUGUUCGACAUGAAUGGAGAUGGAUGUUUGGACUACCACGAAACGAAAGUUGCGUUCAAAGCGUUAGGAUUUGAACUAACUAAGCGACAAGUGUUGGAUAUAAUUCGAGAAUACGAUACAGACGAAACCAAUUUGUUAACCUAUGACAACUUUUACAAAACAGUCGGGGAGAUGAUUUUGAAAAGAGACCCGUUGGACGAAAUUCGUCGAGCUUUCAAGUUGUUUGACAUAGACGGAACUGGAAAAAUAAGUGUGAGGAAUUUGAGAAAAAUCUCUAAAGAUCUUGGUGAAAAUCUUAGUGACGAGGAAUUACAAGCUAUGAUAGAUGAGUUUGAUCUCGACGAAGACGGAGAAAUUAAUGAAGAAGAAUUUAUAAGAAUCUGCACUGAGUGA